AUGACGAUGUCGGCUUAUGCAGUCAACGCACCUUCGGGCAACGACAGUCCAGCGUGGAUGACGCCCCAGAUCCUGUAUAUCACGAGCGAUAAUAAUGGACACGGGACCAAUUCAACCGAGCCCGAGGGAUUCUAUGUCGGCCAUUUUGUAUACGAAAGCGAUAUCUAUGGCUACAUCUUGAUCAAGAUCUUGCCGGAGAUAUACCAAAAUGACGAAGAUGAGAUUAGAGAGCAAUCGAUGACGAUUGAUGAAACAGGCGGUUGGCCCUGCACUAUAGGUAUCUUUGGUACAACAACAGAUCUAUAUAAUCCGGGCACCAUUGUGCUUGAUAGCAGUAGGGGGUACCGUCUUCUUGAUACACAGGCAGACGAGCUGGAACAGGUUCACCUCUCGAGCUCCUGCACAACGAAUAGUUCGGUGUAUUACGGGCUUCCAAUCGCGUUGAAAGCCACAGAUGACGAGCCACAACUGUCCGACAGUGGUACCUGGGUUUACAUUCGACGCGACGAUGAGAGCCUCGGACUUUUCGGCUACGUGGUGGGCCGAACGGCUGUCGAGGAAGAGCACCCAGGCAAUAGAUUCGCCCCCAAGGCACGCUCAGAGCAUAUGCUACUGGUGCAGCUUGGAGAGGAGGUAGAAUGCGACAUUGGGCUCCAGCUCAAGCUGAUCACCAAACACUUGAGCAUGGAAGAAUUCCGGGCUGCUCAGGAAAACACGCGGCGUUGGACAAAAGUUGGCUCAUCUGAGUAG